CCAUGCCAUCUGAAACGGUUCUUGUGGUAGGCUCGACUGGCAACAUCGGUGUCGCCGCUGUGAUCGGUGCUCUUCGUGCCAAUCGCAGCGUACUCGCCAUCGUCCGCAAUCAAGAGUCCGCUCAAAAACUGUUCAAACAUGUUGGCACAAAGGAGGGCAUCACCGUUGUUGAAGCAGAUCUCACGUCCGAAACAGGCAUGCUCCGAGUGGUUGAAGAUGUCAAGGCUGGGAAACUGCCUGCCUUCCAACAUGUAUAUGCCGCUGCUGGUGGGCUGCGUGGCAUGACCCCUAUGCACGAACUGACGUGUGAGGAACUGCAUCACUACAUGAACAUUAACUUCGAACUCAACUUCNUAGCAACCGUGCCAUAUUUGCUUGAGCAAGGAUACAAAGACAGCACCUGGACCCUUUGCACAGGAAGCUUGGGUGACAUUGGCAUAUGUGCACCAGCAGCUCUAACUCAAGGAGCUCUCUACUCCUUGGCCAACGUAGCCUGCCGCGACCUGAGAGACACCAAUAUUCGCUUCAACGAAGUGUAUCUAAACAUGAGAGUAGAGGUGGACGAGUCAGCCAAGCAGACAGGCUUCUUCAAAGCCUCAGACUUUGCAGAGUGCUACCAGCAGAUUCUCGGACGUGACAAUAUCCGGAGCUGUCGGAUUAGCGUUUCCGACAAGAGGGAGUUCAGGGAGUUGGUGUUCGAGGAGAAGCGCGUCGAACUCAACUUCAAGAAGGACAGUGGCGCGGCU